CUUCAAAUCAAAAGCACACUUUACAAUCUCCCAAAACUCGAACGUUACAAGACAAACAAUUAACGUUGUCUCUACGCCAAACACUCCUUUAUUUACUUCUUCAACUCACUUCACACUUUUCUUCACUUCUUCCACUCUCAAACUCUCACAUUUUCAAUCACAACUUCUUAAUUAAACAUCAAAUCAAGAACCCAUUUUUGUUUUUCAGCAAUUAAGGUUAAAAAUUCAAAAGGGUUUAUCUUAAUUUUGUGUUUAUUUUGUGGGUUUAAUUGAAUUUGAUUGAAAAUGGAUGAGCAAGAAACCCUAGGAAAUGGGGAUUCUGGAGGUGGGAAUUUGAAGGGAGAAAUUGAUACUUCUGCACCUUUUGAGUCUGUUAAAGAAGCUGUAUCCAAGUUUGGGGGACUUGGGUUUUGGAAACCUGCUAAUAUUAUUCAUAAAUCUGCUCAUUUUGUUUCGCCGUGUGAUAUGGAGGAAUUUGAUGUUACGAAAGUGGAGGAGCAGGCAGCAGAAUUGGAGAAAGAGCUCAUUCGGAAAGAGAAGGAUACUUUCGAGGUUCUAAAGGAACUUGAAGCGACCAAGGUGAUUGUAGAGGAACUCAAGUCGAAGCUACAAAAAGAAGAGUCUAAUCUCCAAGUCAAUGUUAUUGCUGAUGAGAAACCGUCUAUCGGGAAGAAACAAGAGGAAGAGAAAGAGAAUAACCCGAAUCUUUCAGUUCAGAAGCUUCCGGAUAAAGCAAACCUUAUACCAUCUUCAUCCCCAUGCUUGAUUUUGAUGGAACUUAAGCAAGCCAAGUUGAACCUUACCCGGACAACAAGUGAUCUAGCUGAAAUUCGAUUGUCGGUGGAAUCUUAUAACAAAAAGAUAGAGCGAGAAAGAUCGUCUUUGGAGAAAACCCGUGAAAGGCUCAGAUCAAACACAUUGAAAGUUUCUUCUCUCGAGGAAGAGAUAAACCAAACAAAAUCAAAGCUUGAUGAGAGUAAUGAUGUUAGCAAUGGUACCAAGGAUAUUGUAUCUGAGCUUCAGCGGUUGACAACUGAGGCGGAGGAAUUCAAGAAAAAGGGAGAAGUUGCAAAGGCCGAAGUCAUGAGCGUUAUGUCCGAGAUUGAACAGACAAAGGCAAAGGUUAAGACAGUCGAAAUAAGAUUGAUCGCCGCUAGAAAAAUGAAGGAGGCAGCAAAGGCGGCCGAAGCAGUUGCUCUUGCAGAGAUCAAGGCUUUGGAAAAGAGCGAGAAUUCAUCACUUGAGGAGAACCCGGAAAGAAUAACCCUUACUCUUGAAGAAUACUCUUCGUUGAAGACCAAAGCUCAAAAUGUCGAGCAAAGUUGUCAAGCGAAAGUCCUAGAGGCGGAACUUCAAGUUGAUGAAGCAAAUGCGUCCAAAAUGGAUAUUAUGAAGAGGGUAGAAGAAACAAUGGAAGAAGUCGAAACAUCGAAACGGGUAUUGGAAAAUGCUUUGAACAGAGUCGAGGCUGCCAACAGAGCUAAACUUGCAGUCGAAGAGGCUCUCCGGAAGUGGAGAUCUGAAAACGGAGAAAGACGACGUUCCAUACAAAACUCGACGAAAUUCAAGAAUCCUUAUCCUUCUACCCGAAGGAGAGAAUCGUGGGUGCUUGAUGUGAAUGGUGUUAGCAUAGUAAGUGAUGCACAAGCUGCCCCGUUAUUGAAAUCGACCUUGUCGAUUGGCCAAAUACUUAGCCAGAAGCUACUCAUAACCGAAGAGUUUGAAUCACGGAAAAGUAAUGCAAAACGGAAGGUUUCGUUGGGUCAAAUGCUCGGAAAACAAACUCCAAGCAUAUCAUCUGCUUGGAAGAUGGAGAAAGAUUGUGAUGGUCCUAAGAAAACACCUGCUAAACGAAAGAAAUUUGGACUCGGUCGCUUUUCGAUGCUUUUACUGAAGCAAAGCAAGAAGAAAAAGCCCUCGCCCGCAAUGAAGUAACGAACUCCAAACAUGGGUGUUUGAUAUGGUAGACUACUAGUUUGAAAUCUAAUGUUAUGUUGACAUUCAAUAACCUGUAAUCUAAUCGCCUGGAUUGUCUGUUUGUCUUGAGAAAUUUGAUGGAAAAUGUAUGUUUUUUCCUUGACAAA